AUGACGGAAAUACGCGGGCGCCAAAACAAUGGGUCAAAAUCACAACAAGCGGGUGUCAAGCACCAAAAAUGGCCCCAAACAAAGAGACCCACCCCUCCCCUAACCCUAGCGCCCCCCGCCCGACAUCCUUCCGGAUCUCGCACGGUGCUACCGUCGUUCCCCGCUAGGCCGCCACCCAUCGCACUAUGCGCGCCCAUCAACGCAGAUCCGGUGAGGAAGACUGCUGGGUUCUUAGUUGCAUCAGAUGCUGCUAGAAUAGCACUUUUGAUUAGGUUAUUCAAGGCCUCUUGUUGUGUGCUCUACUCUGCUAUUCCUGCUGUAGCCCCUCCAAAACAGCACAUGGAUGCUUGGUUCAGGCUGCCAGGGUCUGGACGGGAUGCGUCCUUGAGGUCACGCCCCUGCAGGUUGGAGCAGCGCUUGCCUGCCUCCACCAUUCAGUGCUGGGGCUACUUCCUCCACUGCUCCCCUUUCAUUAAGAACUACUGGAGCUACUUCCUCCAUGGCUACUUCCUCCAUGAGAACUGCAGGAUAUCUGCUACUCUUACAACAGUUCCAAGCCUAACUACCUUGAUGAUGACAUGGAUGUAG